AUGAAUUCCGAGGCACUGAAGGCCUUUUUGGACCAGGCGUCCGAAGCGGAAAAAGACUGGCUGGCCAACGCCCUCUACUACCGUGAGCUCGAGACCAUCCGCCGGGAGGCGCCUCUCCUCGACCCGAACAAGUACGCGAGCAAGAAGGUGGACGUGUAUGACAGCAGCGCAGCGCCACCAGGCCAAGCUGUAACGGCCGCCGCGGCCACUAUUUCUCAUGGCCCCAACCUGCAAGGCGGCGCUGCCCCUGACCGGCCGCCACCGCAAUACUUGAACCGCAAGAGCGGCAUCGACAUCGACCAGCUCCCCUGGCUCCUCGCACGUGUACUAGCAAAGGUGAGCACGGUUAGUCUUUCUGAAGAUGAUGGCGAGGCCGGAAACAACGCGACGCCCCCCUCGGGACCGCUCUCAGACACGCGAUUGGACAUAGCGAAUAUCAGACAGUCCAUCGGAUACACGAAACCAUUCGAAGAGCAGUUUCCCGAUGAGAUUCAAGCGGCAAAAGCGGACUUCUUGUCGACGGGGUAUAAGUACGUGAACCAGGAGAGCAUCUUUAACGCGCCAGACUGGUUGGGUGAUCUGCGCAAGUUCGAGGGCAGGACCGCCUUGCUCAAGGGCUUCCCCAUGGUUGAGGAUGUUACCUUUCUCAAGCAUCCAAACUACUGGCAGACGAUCGAGGAGCACGGAAAGUUGAUUGAGGAUGGCCAGUGCUACUGGUCGUCCAUCGGCCUGCUGCUGUACGGCAACGCGCAUUCCUGGCUUCGGGUCAAGGCAGAACAUCUCAGUUUUCUAGAAAGGGUCUUGGUGAACCCCAACCAUCCUCGUCACGCGUUCUACUCGAGGGAAAACCAGAACAUGGGGGUAACGUACGCGACAGGCCCUGCCGGCCUCGACAGUCAGUGGUCCGGUCAGGUGAACCUCUGGGAGAGACUGCAGAUCCCGGGAUGCUGGACGAACGAGGACCUAUGCCAGCUCACGGCAGACGUGUACGGCGUGUUUUUGGUACUGUACAAGUACGACACCGCAAACGAGGCCAACGCGCAGUGGAAGGGCAAGGUAUACGACAUGAAGACCUACGGAGCAUACAACAACCGCCAUAUCUUCUUGUGCUAUUACCUCGAAAACCAUUUUCAGCCCAUGGUCCCAAACGAGUAUUGCGCCUCAGAAUUCAAGCUGCCGCGUCUGACCCUGUCGAACACGGACAGGUACGAACUGGUGUCUCGCAAGCGAACUCGCAAAGUCCGGGACGGGCCGGGACAUCACUGGCGAGCACAGCCUCAGGUGGUACCCUCCCUGGCGUGGCCCUCGUUUGAAGCAGAACACCUAGCUCGAGCAGCUGGUUACGGACCGUACGUGAAGAAAUCCUUGCCACGGCAUAUGUCCCCAUCCCACACCGGCAGCACAGUACUCCAAGCCCCAAAGCCAGAGGAGGAGGUAUGGGAGGAGGUGGUAUGGGAGGAAGGGGGAAAGGGGAAGGAUAAGAAGAAUGCCUCUCCUUUUGCGAAUCCCGAGGCACUGAAAUCGCCCAAUGUGACGCGGGAGGUUGUCUCCCUUCUCUCCGCGGAGACCUCCGGGAGAGGAUCGAGCAGGGGUCUUACGCAGGCCGACACCUUGAGAGCCCGAGAAGCCCUCGGUGUGCUGCAUCGCUACAUCGACAAGGUCAGCGGCGCCACCGCGGCCGAUUCCGGCCGCCACCCUCUUCCCACCGGUCGACCGUCGCUGCCUGCGGCAUCCCAUAAUAACCCUCAAGAAGACCUCAAGGGAAAAGGCAAACGCCCGGCCAUUGACCCACCUGAAUCAGGGCCACACCCCUCGAAACGCCCUCGUACGCCCCCAAGGGCCCCAGCCCAGCCCUCGACGUCGUCCAACUUCGUCUCCCUCACGCCCACCAACCGCGGCCACCAGGGCCCCUCGACCGCGAACCCUCAGACUCACGCCGGCCCCAGCGGCACCGCACUCCCCGGCCCCGCGACCUUCUUCCGGGCCGCGUCCAAGACGCUGCUGACCAAGGUGCGAGUGGCGCGGCUGAAGCGGUGGUGCCUGGACCUGGAGCUGGCGGCCGGGGACGACGUGGCGGCGUGGCGCAAGGAGCGGUGCGUGCGGGAGCUGCUGGCCGCGGGCGUCCAGGUGCGCCUGGUGCGGGCCGCCGCCGGGGCCGUCGUCGUCGACGAGGAGGUCGAGGACCGCGGCGUCGAGGUCGUCAGGGUGGCUCCUGCUGCUCCUGUUGCUAUUACUGGUGGCGGUGCUGCGGCGGCGGCGGGCGAGGGCGAUGGCGAUGUUGACCAGGGACAGGGGAAUGCAGGAGAUGAUGAGGAUGGUGAUGGUGAUGGUGAUAACGGUGACGGCGACGAGUGA